CAUCACUCAUCACUGUCACAAUACUUUGUCUAGCUUCAUAACUAUUCUAUCGUCUCUACGAACAGGAAGUUCGAAACUUUAUCAAAAUGUCUGCCCCUCAAGUUGUUCAGUCCCUCUCCAGCGCCAGCGGUCCGGCUGGAGGAUGGUUUAGGACCCAGUUGGCGACUUUGAGGAACAGAUUCAUCAACACUGAGAAGCGACGCCAGCGAGCAGCUCUCAUCGGGACCUCAUUCGCCGCCCACCGACCAGUUUGGAUCACCGCUGGAGGCGGAGCAUACACUACAGCCGUUGCGGUUUAUUUAACGAUGAAACUCAUGCGGCGUAUCCCAGUAUAGCUUGAUAUCCGCUUAUUUCUCUGAGAGAAUUUACCGAAACUCUACAUAAAGACGUGGUUGAGCCUAGAUCUAGAGGCGGAACUUGACUGUCUUUGCGAUAGACGGCUUCAUUUACCAUUGUACAUUCUUUCCCUUUGUUCGUACAAGUGCACUGGUUGGCUGGGCUGGCAAGGACUGGAAGGAUAUGACUCGAUAGGAAUGAACUGGGAUGGAUGGGAUCAUCUGACAGCGGGCGUUACGUUCUUUCACUUGCUUUUCUUUGGAACUUUGGGACUAUGGCGAACUGACUGAAUAUUGAGUGAAUAUUUAAUGGAUACUCUCUUUUAUAAG